AUGAAUGGCAUGUUCGUGCUAAAGUACGAUGGGUGUCUGUACCAUCGCCCCGCUGAAUGGGUCCUCGCCCCGCCACCCUUUGAGUGGCUACUGAAGGUUUCCACGUCUGGCAAUCGGAAAGGUGCCGAGCAUAACAAGUCUAUUCUCUUCGAGACCUGCGAGCUCUUCCUCAAUGAGGGAGCGUUGGAUGCUCUGCGACGAUUCAUCGCCGGAGAGUUCAAGUUCGCCGACAUGGACAAGAAGAAGGCCGAAACCGUGGAUGAGGAGCAGCCAUCACCUCCAGAUCUUUUGCAGUGUCUGUUGAAGCGCAUCCUUUCUACUACCGACUUCGUUUGCACCACACCGAAUGCCAGUCGCGCAAAUCUCUACAAAGAAAGAAUUGGCGCAAAAGUUGUCGCUCUGGACGAAGCUGGUGCCAUGAACAAGGCCGACGUGUUGACGGUCUGGGGGCCUACAUGCCGUUCGUAG